AUGGACAACACCACGUCCACAGCAGUCAAGCAUGAAAAUUGUGACCAUUAUAAUCCUGAGCAGCCGGUCUCGGCCGCUCACACUGUGACCGGAACGAGCCGAGAAGCUGGAACCAAAGGACCAUGCAAUGUCAGAAGCCCAGAGUGCCAGCGAACAGCCCCAGGCUCAACCCCAAUUUCGCACGACAUUGAAAAGCAGGCCGCUGAUGCGAUCAUCGACGAACAGCGCGGGGCACCAGUCAAUAUUUCAGGGUCGAACACAACCCCUCCAAACGAUGACUUCCCCGAAGGCGGGCGAGAAGCAUGGCUCGUCCUAACAGGGGCAUUUCUAGCCUUAUUCGCCUCAUUUGGAUUCAUGGUCUCAAUCGGCCCGAUCCAAGAAUACCUUCAAAAACACCAACUAUCAUCCUACUCAGCCCGCGACGUAGGCUGGAUCCCCAGCGUCUUUGUGUACCUGGCCCUCGCGCUCGGAAUCUGGGUUGGCCCCAUCUUCGACCGGUACGGGCCCCGAUGGAUCUCAUUGAUCGGGAGCAUCUGCUACAUUGUCAUGAUAUUCCUCCUCGCCGAAUGCAAGUCCUACUGGCAAUUUUUAUUGUGUCUGGGUGUCCUGGGCGGACCAUCUGGAGCAACAUUAACCACAACCGCACUGGGCGUAGUCAGCCACUGGUUCAAACGCAAACGAGGUCUGGCGACAGGCAUCGCAAUGGUCGGAUCGAGUUUCGGGGGCGUGGCGUACCCCUUGAUCCUGCGUCGGACCUUGCCUCUGUACGGCUACGCAUGGUCGAUGCGGAUCGUCGGGUUCGUCAUUCUGGGCUGUUUAUGUCUCGGCAAUUAUCUAUUAAAGCCACGACUGCCUCCCUCACCUGCUGCAAAACAACAAAAAAUCAUCUCGUUGACUCUAUUCGGAGACCUCAAGUUCACUUUUCUCACCAUCAGCGUCUUCGGCUUUGAAAUCGUCCUGUUUGGCGCAUUGGGGAUUUUGCCCACUUAUACAACUUAUAGCGGUAGAUAUCCUGCUGAUACGGGGUUCUAUGUCAUUGCCGUGUUGAACGGUGUUUCUUGUAUCGGUCGCAUUAUUCCCGGUUACGCGUCAGAUUUCAUCGGUCGGUUUAAUACGCUGUUGAUCAUGUUGGUGUUUACCCUAGUGUUCAUGCUUGCUCUCUGGUUGCCCUUUGGGACUGAAAGUUUGGGUGCGCUAUAUGCCUUUUCGGCAACCUUUGGAUUCGGGACUGGUGCUUGGAUGGCCUUGGUCCCGGCAUGUAUUGGUCAGCUGUGUGAGGCUGAGCACUUUGGCAGAUAUUAUGGUACGCUGUACUUUAUUGCUUCGCUGGCUACCUUGGUUUGCGUCCCUAUCAGUGGUGAGCUGGUUGAUACGGUCGGCCCACAGGUCAUGGUUGGCUUCAUGUGCGCUGUUCUGGGGAUCUCUAUCUUUGUCUUCGUUCUGAGUCGCUGGGCAUGCUUGGAUUGGCGUUGGCGCUGGAUGGCGAAGGUUUAG